UUUCUUUGUAUUAUUAAUCAUGAUUCAUUGUAAUAGGUACUAUUGCCGCAAAAAUCAUUCACUUGACUUAAAAUAAACAAUAUGACGAUGAUAAAAAAUAUUAUUUUGGGAGUUGUAGUUUUUGCUUGCGUAAAUUACGUCAGCGCGAAGGGUGAAGAUGACGCAAAAGUGGACGAUGAAAUAGAGCACACAGAGAUCGAACCAGAAGAAAUUACAUUACCUUCGAUAUCUCAUGUAUGGGAGCUUAUCAAUAUAUUUGUUUUACCAGUCAUAUUAAAAUUUAUAGAAGAGUUUGGCAAGAUCAUUGAUACAAGGAAACUAUUUGAGAUGCUCACUCCGGCAGUAAUGAAUCUAAUGACUGUAAUGGACAUCAGUGUUAUACAAAAUAUCCUAUCUGUCAUUGGUAAAUCCAAUAUCAAAAACUUUACGUCGCAGAAGACAGAGCUUUAAACUUCUUGUAACUAUGACAUUUUUUAUAAAAUAAUUGUUUUUUGUAUUUGUUAUUUGGUAUUAAAUAUUAACAACUGGA